GCAGUGAAGGUCGCUGGAGUUGGUCGAGCUGCAUUCAGAGCACCUGAUGGUGGACUGGUUGUGCUGAAGGACGUGUUACUCGUACCGGGGCUGAAGGCCAAUCUGAUAUCGCUGCGCAAGCUAGGCCAGGCCGGAGUCAGCACCACCACCAAUGGAUCCAAAACAUUCAAGGGGCUGCGAGGAGAUCGUGUGUUAUGGGAUUUACACGAAAGCAGAGAUGUCUUCAGAUCCAUGUGGCAGAUCCCUGCACUGAUAUGGGAAUCAACAAAGAAGGAGUUGGUAGAAGUAAAGGCGGGUUCUGGAGUCCAGGGGGAGUGUAAUGCAGUUAGUGCUGCAGGAGUGACGGUUUCUGCAAGGUCGGGGGAGACUGAUUGGGAAACCGCACACAGGCGUCUAGGGCAUGUGGCUAUGCCAUUGCUGCAGCAACUGCAUAAGGAAGAAGCAGUAAAGGGGCUCAAGCUUUCUGGGCAACCAAAUGAUACCAAGUGCGAGACAUGUCUGCUGAGCAAGUUCACACGGUUCCCCUUUCACGGCGUAGCUGGGAAAAGCAAGGCAGCACUGGAACUGGUGCAUAUGGACCUCGUAGGACCUUUUCCAUUCCGAGGAAGUAAGGGGGAAAGGUACUUCCUGACAAUAGUUGAUGACUGGAGUCGGCUGAUGUGGGCAUACCCGUUGAAGCAGAAGGAUCAUGCUGCCUCAACAAUACGAGAUGAUUGGCUGCCGUUCGUCGAGCGACAAUCUGGGCACCCAUGCAAGAGCAUCAGAACCGACCGAGGUGGAGAGUUUCUAGGAGGAGAUCUGACUGCGUGGCUCAAGAAACAAGGCAUUGAGCAUCAGCUAACGACGUCCUAUACCCCUCAGUCAAAUGGCGUUGCUGAGAGGGCUAAUAGGACCAUCCUGGAAACAGCGCGAGCGCUGCUGAUCGAAUCAGGGCUGGGGAACUCCAUGUGGCCUCAUGCGGUGAGGCAUGCUACAGUGGCAAGGAACCGCGUACUCACAAAGGUGGCUGAUGAUAUGUGGGUGCCGCUGGAGAGGUGGCUUGGAAAGAAGCCUCCAGUGGACAUGCUUCGAGUGUUCGGAUGCAUGGCAGUGGCGCAUGUCCCUAAACCGUACAGGACAAAGCUUGGAGCAUCUGCACUGUGGUGUGUGCACCUUGGGCUUGCGGCAGAGAGCAAGGGGUGGCUACUCUGGGAGCCCUCAAAGAAUGUGCUGUUUGACAGUCGGGAUGUCAAAUUUGUGGAGAACAUCAUGUAUGGCAAGUGGGAGAAGCAGCCGGAGGCAAGGGUCACCCAGCAGCUGGAAGAGAUCACUAUGCACUUCGAUCUGUCCGAACCUGCGGACAGCGAAGUCACUGCGCCAACGGCAAGCGGUACUGAUGAAGGAAGCAAUGAGGAUAUUGCAGCUGAUGCUGAAGUCAAUGAUCCGGAGCAGCAGCAGCAAGAGGCUUCCAAAACACCAAGUCUGCCAAAGCGAAGGAAACAGAUUGGUGGGGGACAAAGGAUUGGGUGAAGGUAAAAGAAUGGGUAAAUCCAACCAUCUACCCUGCACGUACCAGAAUGGCAACGAGAAAGCUGUUGAGCUCCACAAGUGGAGGAGCCACAACUGAGCAGCAAGAACAGGCUCAAGGCGAAGAUGCAGUGCUGUUCUUGGGUGAUGACCAAGAGUCAGAUGACGAGGAGCCUGCAUACUGCUUUUACGCACCAAUACAACCUCCGAGCAUGGAUCAUGCGCUAGCCGGGCCUCAACGGGGGAAGUGGCUCGUUUCAAGAGAUGCAGAGUACAACAGCCAGAUGGAGAAUCACACAUGGGACCUGGUGUACUUGCCAAAUGGGAAGAAGGCAAUACAGUGCAAGUGGCUGGCAAAAAUCAAGACGGAUGAGAAAGGAGAGCCAUCAGUUUACAAGAGCAGGCUGGUGGCAAAGGGGUUUCAGCAGAAAGAGAAGGAAGAUUACAAAGAAGUGUUUGCCCCAACUGCUAAGUCUCCAACGCUAUGUGUGCUGCUGGCGGUAGCUGCUGUGUGCAAAUGGAAGGUGAAGCAGAUGGACAUCGUAACCGCUUUUCUGUACGGCAUUGUGGAAGAGGAGGUGUACAUGGUUCAACCACCUGGCUAUGAGGAUGGAACCGGUCGUGUCUGCAAACUUAACAAGGCCAUCUAUGGCUUGAAGCAGGCCCCGAGAUGCUGGUACAACAGGCUGGCCAGUGCACUGGAAGGGAUUGGAUUCCGUGCGAGUGCAUGCGACGAGAGCCUGUUCCUGAUGGGAGAGGGGGAGUCACUUGUGCUUCUGCUGGUGUACGUGGAUGACAUCCUGCUCUUCAGCAGCAGUGACAAGGAGAUCGAUGGGGUGCAGCGGAAGCUCACAGAGCAGUUCAAGUGCAAGUCACUUGGAGAGGCAAGGUACUACCUGGGAAUGCACAUUGAGCGGGAUACUGAACGUGGCUGGCUCAAACUGCAUCAGGGACAGUACAUCAACACCUUGGCUGAGAAGUACUCUCUGCAGGAAGAACGGGAAGUGGUCACACCUUUGCCUUCCGAGUUCAAACUCAUAAAGGCAGCUGAAGGAGAAGGAGUUGAGAGUGAAGACCAGAGGCAAUUCCAAUCCAUGGUCGGGAGCCUACUCUACGCUGCUGUGCAUACUCGGCCUGACAUCAGCUUUGCUGUGGGACAGCUGGCUCGAGUAGUGCAAAAUCCAACAGAAGAGCAGUGUGGUGCAGCGGAGAGAGUGGUGCGCUACCUCAAGUCAUACCCUACAGUGGGAGUACAGUAUUCAGCCUCUGCUCAACUCAGUCAAAAAGGAAUUGAAGUCGUCAAAGAGAAGGGGGAGCAGCUCGGAGAAGGAAAGGUGUUCCUUUCCUGUUUUGCUGAUGCCACGUGGGCUUCUGAGCAUGAGGAUUCAUCAUCAGUUGGUGGAUACAUCUGCAUGGUGGGAGGUGGGCCUGUAAGUUGGAGGUCCAAGAAGCAGUCUGAGACGGCACUAUCUUCAGUGGAAUCUGAGUACAUGGCGAUGUUUCAUGCGGCAAAAGAAAUCAUCUGGCUAAGGAGGCUCUUGAAGGAGAUCGGCCAUGAACAGACUUGUGCGACACCUCUGUUCAGUGAUAGCAAGGGAGCCAUUGCCAUGGCACGCAAUGCAGUUCUUCAUGGGUUGAACAAGCACAUGAGGAUCAAGUGGCAUUGGCUGCGGAAGGAGGUGAAGCUUGGGACACUGGAUCCGAUCUACGUGAAAACUCAGCAACAGCCAGCCGACUUCCUUACCAAGCGGCUAGCUGAAGAGCCACACUGGCGCUGUGCGAGGAUGGCGGGAAUGUCCUUGAACUAGAGACGGCGAAACAAGCCGACAGUCUGAGGGGGAGUGUGUUGGUGCAUAUUCAUUUGCACGUCAUCCUGUCGUCUGUUCGCAUCAUUUCGUUUGCAUGUGUUUUGUGUGCUACGUUGUUUGUAUGGUUUGUUGGGUUUGCAUGUCUUUGCAUGUUCAUCUUGUGCUUGUGCAGAUGUGCUUGGAUUGUGCAUGACAUCGAGCACAUUCCAACGAGCCAAGAAUUGUUGGAAUCGGAGCACAUAUGAAGAAGUUACGAAGAAAUGUUUGAUGGAUUUGUUACAACUCAUUGGAAGUCCUUGUCAGCUGCUACACCAAAGUUGGAGAGCCCUAUAACGAGGAGGGACCAGCAUGUGUGGGACUUUUGUCCCCACCUUGCAGCUGCAGCAUUUGGGGUUUGGAGGCCAACCUGGCACAGUGUGAAUUUUGUCUUGCCAGGCUGGCUGAACCUGAGGAUGGGGAGUCAAAACUUUGACUCUUGUCAUGUUCUUGACCAUGGGCCUCCAGGGUCCUUCCCUUUCAUCCUUCCCUUCCUACCCCACCUUCCAACUGUGCUUCAAUGCCUUUUCUAUCAUGCCUCUGAUCUUGUAAGCUUCAAUCAUAGUGACUCUGAGGACUGUCAACUUCUCCUAGGGCAGAUUACCCCCCAGUGCGCCAAACGCCAUAGCUCGCUCGUUAAGCUACGGAAUCGAGUGAUUCAACUUUCAGUGGAAAGCUGACGCUGCCAGCGACAACAUAUCCGAUUUUCAGAUCGUUUCACCGAUUGGAGUUUUGGAUAUAGCUAUUCGAAGGUUGCAAGUUUUCUGGGCGUCAUAACGAAGUGCUGCAGAAAUUUCCAAGGAGCCAUUGAAUCAUCUGCUUAUAGCCUUCUCUGACCAACACUGGAGGCAGAGAAGACGCCCAAGCACAAGCAUGAACCAGCAAAGGGACCAAAGGCAUGGGCUGCUCUCAAGGGUGUACACGCUCCUGCAACAGCGGUCGUGGCUGUGGUCUUGGAGCGGCAAAUGGCGGCACUUAGAAUUGACGAAGACGAACAAGUGGAGGAAGGAGUGCAGAAAUUCUUCGACUUGUUGACACGGCUCGAAGAAGCUGAGCUGAACUACAGUGACCUUCAAAAGAAG